GAGAAGGUGCCGGCUCCUGUAGGAGCUGCAGGGCGGAGCAGGAGAAAGCAGUUCUAACCCAGCACUCCUAACUGACAACAUGGAGAAGAUUGAGACAUUUUGGCAGAAUCUUUUUAAGAAAAAGAAGAAGAAAGAUAAUAAGAAGGAUCGAGGAGAGAACAAGGAGAACGAACCUGAGAGAAUAGAACUAACUCAGCAGGUUCCGGAGAAGGUUGUGGUUAAACAACAUCAGAUAACUCAAUAUCAAGGAAGUGAAACAUUCCCAAGAGGAAAGAACUCUGCCCCAAGCUCUCCUGAACCCGGAGUAAAACUGAACCCAGCAACUUCAGCCUACUCCUUGAGACCCCGAAGACAGGAGCUGUACGAUAAAUAUGAGUGGAGCAGUAACCAACAUUUUCACAUUCCUCAGGGUACACAGAGAUACCAGAGUACAAUCCCACGCUGGAAAUCUAGUUCACGAGGAGCUCUCUCCGCCACUAGUUUAGAUUUCUCCAGGAGCCUACCUCGAUCCCACUCUCCUGGCUCCAAUACAACUACAACUACUAUGCGGAAACCUAUAGAGCCUAGUGUGAGCAGCCAGCACUUCCAUCUACCGACCAGGAAGAAGAGGAUGGUGUACGGUAGGCCCGGGCAGAAGACGGGCAUGACCGUCCUGGUCAAUGAAAUGAAGGCUCGAGCUCCGUGUAGGUCCAGAUCCCCUUCUAUGAACAAUGAGGAACCCAUUCAGUUGGCUCACUUCCCAAGUGGGAUACCUAAGGAUCGUCAGAUAGUUGGUGAGGAUUCAACCUUCUCCUGUACUCUAGAGGAUAGGAAGAGAAGGCUGGGAGAUGAGGAUGAUGUAUUGGACGAAGGUGUGUAUAUCAGUGAUGAGGAGAACAUGAACCCCAAAUUGAAGAAGACUGAGGAGGAGCUCAGCAAGAUCUCCUCCGGGAUUGGGAAAGUGUUCUUGGAGACCAUCAGACAAACUGAGAGGAUCAAGGGAUCUAAACUGUUAAAUAUUGAUCCAAGAUCUGCUGCUCGAACUCCAGGAGCUAAUAGAGAACCAAGAUAUAAACUCCGGUACAAUAGUCCUGCUUGGGCUUCUCCCAGUAGGGAUACAAUGCAUGCCAGACCCUGGGAUUCUAUAGAGGACCUUGAGCGCCCUGUUGUUCUCAGUUCUAGCGGUUGCGCCAGUGGUUGUGCUAGCGACCACUGCCCGCCGGCCAACUCAGCUCCGUUCAGCUUGACCCCAACCCUGCCACGACAUUGUAAACCUGGAUACACCCAUCUCAAGUCUAAUACAAUGCCACAUAUCAGAAGUGUAUCAGGACGGAUCCUCGAUGAUGAGGUUGAUCCAGGUCUAGGUUAUGAUCCUGCCGCAACCUCAACACCUACUCCUGGAGAUCAACCUACUCAACCUGGUACUCUGAGACACGGUCCGGUCAACACACACAGCGGAGUCCUUUAUACAACAAAUAAUAACUUCUCCUGGCUUACUCUUGCCAAGUUUCAUAACGAAGAUACUCUGAGGAGAAGUACGACAACAAAAUUCUUCCAUAAACCUGAACUUCGACACAACAACACGAUUCUCGACCAGUAACCCAUUGUAUAUCUAUCUAUCAAUCAAACCAGUAAUAAAUGCAAAAUUUAUUUUAAA